AUGUCUCCGUCCACUCCCCGUAGAUUCUCCGUCCCCUGUCGACAAGAAGUCCCGAACCCCGCAGGACUUGGCGCUACGCCCACCAAUGAACGCCUUCAAUCACCUCCGUCCCUGACCCCGUCCUCUUCGGCUACGACAGAGGCGUUUUGGCAACUGAUGCGAUCGACAUGUGAAGGGGAAACGACGUCCAGCGCCAACGCACAUUGGCCACUGAAGAAGGUGGAGCCGUGA